UCAGAUGUCGGAGUAGCGGCGGCUCUGGCGCUCCCCGUCCUCGGUCUGCGGCGGCAGGGGCUGGCGGCCCCGGCCCCUGCCCGGCCCCCUCCCCCAGCUCCAUGCCUCAGCUCUAACCGCGUCGCCCUCCCCGGCGGGGGACACGUCCCCGUGUCCCCGUCCCGUCCCGUCCAAGUCAGGCGCCAUGAACGACCAGUACCACCGGGCGGCUCGGGACGGCUACCUGGAACUCCUCAAGGAGGCCACCAGGAAGGAGCUGAACGCCCCCGACGAGGAUGGCAUGACCCCCACCCUCUGGGCCGCCUACCAUGGCAACCUGGAGUCGCUGCGCCUCAUUGUGAGCCGGGGGGGUGACCCGGACAAGUGCGACAUCUGGGGCAACACGCCCCUGCACUUGGCGGCCUCCAAUGGCCACCUGCACUGCCUCUCCUUCCUGGUGUCCUUCGGGGCCAACAUCUGGUGCCUGGACAACGACUACCACACGCCGCUGGACAUGGCCGCCAUGAAGGGCCACAUGGAGUGCGUGCGCUACCUGGACUCCAUCGCAGCCAAGCAGAGCGGCCUCAGCCCCAAGCUGGUGGGCAAGCUGAAGGACAAGGCCUUCCGCGAGGCGGAGCGGCGCAUCCGCGAGUGCGCCAAGCUGCAGCGCAAGCACCACGAGCGCAUGGAGCGCCGCUACCGGCGCGAGCUGGCCGAGCGCGCCGACUCGCUCAGCUUCUCCAGCCUCACGUCCAGCACCCUGAGCGGCCGGCUGCAGCAUCUGGCGCUCGCCGGCCACCUGCCCUAUUCGCAGGCCACUCUGCACGGCACCGCCAAGGCGGGCAAGACCAAGAUCCAGCGGAAGCUGGAGCGGCGCAAGCAGGGAGGCGAGGGCACCUUCAAGAUCUCCGAGGACGGACGCAAGAGUGUGCGCUCGCUCUCUGGCCUGCAGCUGGGCAGCGACGUGAUGUUCGUGCGCCCGGGCACCUACGCCAACCCCAAGGAGUGGGGCCGCGCCCCGCUCCGGGACAUGUUCCUCUCCGACGAGGACAGCGUCUCCCGUGCCACGCUGGCGGCCGAGCCUGCGCACUCGGAGGUCAGCACAGACUCCGGCCACGACUCCCUGUUUACCCGCCCGGGCCUGGGCACCAUGGUGUUCCGCAGAAACUACCUGAGCAGCGGGCUGCACGGCCUGGGCCGCGAGGAUGCGGCACUAGACGGCGCGGGCCCACCGCGGGGGCGGCUGCAAAGCUCCCCCAGCCUCGAUGACGACAGCCUGGGCAGUGCCAACAGCCUGCAGGACCGCAGCUGCGGGGAGGAGCUGCCCUGGGACGAGCUGGACUUGGGCCUGGAUGAGGACCUGGAGCCCGAGACCAGCCCGCUGGAAACGUUCCUGGCCUCCCUGCACAUGGAGGACUUCACCUCCCUCCUGCGGCAGGAGAAGAUCGACCUGGAGGCGCUCAUGCUCUGCUCGGACCUCGACCUCCGCAGCAUCAGCGUGCCCCUGGGGCCCCGUAAGAAGAUCCUGGGCGCCGUGCGGAGGCGCAGGCAGGCGCUGGAGCGCCCACCGGCCCUGGAGGACACCGAGCUGUAACAGGGGGCUCCUCUCCCCAGACCAAAAUGAGUUGCAAGUUGCCACAACCCACAGUGGGACCAAGAGGUCCUCACAGUUGCCAGCCCUGCAGCUCCCCAGCCCCUUCCCCGGAGCAAGGAUCGUGCGGGUCAUAUUUCUUGAACGCCUGUCCACACUCUGCAGCGGAGGGUAUGGCCUGCAGGCACCUGGAAAGCCAAGAGAGUGACCCAGAACAUCAGUUCCGAGGGGUCUCAGGGUCCCUAAGCCACAUCUAUUUGAGUGGCUUUAAAGGACAUGUGCAUUCGUGGAAGGCCAGCCCCAGUGCCCGUUAGAGCUGCAUGGAAGUGUGGGGGGGUAGGGGCACCUAUCUCGAGGACCAUGGUCUGCCCUCACCCCUCCUCUGAGAGUCCUGUCGUCCUGCUCAGUCUGCAGACUCACAUCCUACCUUUUUGUGAAGGAAGGGUUUGGGCUGCCUCCCCUCCCCACAUACACUCCAGGGAGGAGGUUCCCAGCUAGACUCUUCAGCCAAAUGCCCGAGUUUAGUCCCCUGCCUGUCGCUGAGCAUGGCUAACCCCCCCUCCUUCUCCUGGCCAUGCUGGGGGUGGGGGGUUGGAGUGCCAGGCUGGGCUGGAGUGGGGUGACUGGUGCCCUUCUGGCAUACCCCGGGGUGGGGUCCAGCCUGACUUGGCCCUCCCCAUCCCGACCUUCUCCACUCACUCUGUCCUCGGAUGUGCAGCCUGGUUAUCCAACCUGUUAUCCCCGCCUAAGACCCCAGAGGGUCAGGGCCGUGGAUCCAAGGUGCUAGAGCAACUGGCUGCAGUAUUAUGGCCCGGCAGGGAUGCUCUAUGCUGGACAAAGGCAUCUGCCAACUGGUUCAGAGUCCCCCAGGCCCAGGAGGGCAGAGACUGGUUGUAGCCAGGUGUCCAGCCGAGUGUGGACAAGGCCUGCGAGGUGGACCCUGGGAGCCUGGGAAUGUGGAGAGUCUAAACUCUGAUUGUCCCCAGACCCCCAGGGCUCUGUGUCAGGAGGUUGGUUGGUGGAUGUCCCUCAAGCUCUGGAAGCCUCUGGGUGCCUCUCUGGUUCUGCAUGGGUAGCAGGUGAGGGAGAGCUUAGCUUGAGUCCCUGACCUGUCAUGCUGGUGAGGUCGGUGGAAAGGCCAGCCUCGGAGGGUCCUCAGACCAAGGUCCUGAGUGUGGGAGAGUCACUGAAGCCCACACACGGGGGGCACAUAUACCUCCAUGCGGAUGCGUCCUUGCCCUCUGUCGACAGUGGUCCCCCCAUCUCUGAUCUUCAGCUUGGGAAGAGUCUCCUACCAGGGGGGCAUUGCCACAGCCCUCAGCUGCUCCUUCCUGGGGCCCCUUGGCUGGGGCAGGGGAGAGAGAACCCCCACAGAACACCACAGGCCUUGCUGCAAUGUGUCUGUGUUUGAGGAUGGCCCCCAGGCACACACAUGCUCCAAGGUGGGAGCGUGAUGGAGAUGGCCCCUGUGCCCACACUGAAGGCUUGGCUGCCCUGAGCCCGCCUCAGUCUUUCUGCCUGUUCUCUGGGCCUGGGGCCGCUCCCAUGUGCCGAUGCAACUUUCCCGGAGCGCUGGGAGCUGCCCUUCCUCUCCGGUUCCCUGUCCACGGAUGACUUCGUCCCCCUCCUGGUCCUCCCAGUGCUGGGGUGGGGCAGGCUCCCCGAUUCCCACCACUGUACGAAGCGCCCCUCCAGCAGGCUCAUUAUAAUUUUUGUAGAAAA